CGAUCGGAGGUGAGAAAAUGUACUUCGAGCUCCUCCAGCUCCACCCCAUCGUCGUCAACCUCUCCUUCUACGGUACCGGAGCUCUGAUGGAUCGAGCAUCGACGGAGGGCGGAGGGCUGAGCUACAACCCCAUGUUCGCCGCCAUGAAGGCGCUCGGGGUUGUGGUCACCAACAUUGACAAGGCUCCCAUCUGCCUCAACGCCCUCGUUCUCGAGCGUCCGUUCGCUACCUCCCAGGAGCUCAGCAGCUCCAUCCGCAAGCACUACCGCACUCAGCUCAUUCAGCAGCUCUACAAGCUCGUCGGGUCCUUCGAGUUCCUCGGGAACCCCGUCGGGCUGGUCAACAAUCUGGGCACGGGGGUGCAGGACUUCUUCUACGAGCCUGCCCAGGGAAUGAUGAAGUCGCCGGCGGAGUUCGCCAAGGGGAUGCAGAAGGGGAGCCUUUCGCUCUUCAAGAACAGCACCUACGGGGUCUUCAACGCUGCCUCCAAGAUCACCAGCUCCAUGUCCAAGAGCCUCGUUCAGCUCUCCGGUGACUCAGACUAUGCUCAGAAGCGGCAGGAGUCGCAGAGCCAGCGGCAGAAGGCCGGCAGCUCCAACCUGGCGCAGGCCCGGCAGGACGCGCUCAACGAGAUGUCGGAGGGGCUGAUGGACCUCACGUCAAAGGCUACCGAGGCUGUGCGCGACACGACCAAGGACGGGGAAGUGCUGAAGAGGUUGAGGCCUCCGAGAGUGAACGUGGGGGAUGGGGUCUUGAGAUUGUACGACGCGAGGUCUGCCUAUGGCUGCAACGCCAUGCGCGUGAUUCACAGCGGGUCCUGGAAGAACGAUCGCUACAUCGGAUUCUGCGUGCUCGACGCCAACGAGGCUGCGCUGGUCACGGACAAGAACAUCUGCGUUCACAAGUUCUCCUCCCACGAAGUCGCCUGGGAACUUCCGAUCGUAGCCGUGAAGGAGGUCCAAGUCGAUGGUAGCAAAGUGCUUGUGUUGCCCCAGGACGGGAUCCAACCAGUUAACGACGCCGGGGCGAAGACGGCAGUCACGCCUAUGACGUGCACUGACUCUCGAUACGCGGAGUACCUCGGGGAUGUGAUCAGGCGAGCAGUCUCGGUCGCAGGCAUUGAGUUCAUGCAUCGCAAGUCAAAGACGGCAAACAGCGAGUACAUGCUGUGAGACAAGAGACGAGUACAUGCUGUGAGACAAGAGACGAGUACAUGCUGUGAGACAAG